AUGACGGAGCUCGGCGUCGGCGAAGCCUACAUCACCGGCGAAAUCGACGUCGAAGGCGACAUAGGCGCUCUCUUCGGCGCCCGUCAGAAGCUCCGCAAGAAAGUCCCUCUACGCCAAAAGAUCCGGUUCCUAUACGACUACGCCCGGACUGCAACAAAGAUGAACUCGCAAGCCAUCAUCUCGCACUACAACCGCGGCGACGACCUGUACCACACCUUCAUCGACAAGCAAUUCCGCUUCUACUCGCACGGCCUCUUCAAACACGCCGACGAAACAAUCGAACAGGCAUCCCGCAAUAAACUCGACACGAUGUGGGACCGCCUCGGCCUGCAACCGGGCAUGCACAUCCUCGACAUCGGCGGCGGCUGGGGCGGCGUCACGCAGUACUGCGGUCCUCGUGGUGUACACGUCACAACGCUCACCCUCGCCCCAGACGGCGCACGCUACAUCCAGCGUCUCAUCGAGGAACAGAAUCUCCCUGGCGCCGUCUACCUGCAGGACUUUCUCGCCCAUAAACCCGACCAGCCAUACGACCACGCUGUCUCCUUCGGCGUCAUCGAACACCUCCCUGAAUACCGCCGUUUCGCGCGCACCGUCUACGACGUCCUCAAGCCCGGCGGCCGCAUCUACUUCGACGGCUCCGCAGCACUGACCAAGUAUGCCGUUAGCCCGUUCACGCGUAGGUAUAUCUGGCAGGGCACGCACACGUUUAUGACAGUGCAGGACGUGAUGGGCGAGCUACUGCUCCACGGGUUCGAGGUCGUGGAGGUGGAAAGAGAAACGCGCGACUAUGAAUAUACGAUUGCGGAGUGGGCGAGGCGUCUUGAUGCGGCGAGGGACGAUAUCGUGGUCGAAUGGGGCGAGCAGACGUAUCGUGUUUUCCGAAUUUUCCUCUGGGGUGGUGCUCAUGCGUUUAGGACGAAUGCGCUGCAGGCUUAUCACAUUCUGGCUGAGCGGACGGAGGAGCUGGGCCCGAGGCCAGGGACUGCUAGGAGGGUUGUGCAGUUUUUGGGGAACUUGCGUUAG